CCUCCGACCGGCCCGCAUGGGAGCCCCGCCAGCCCCGCCAGCCCCGACACCAUGACCCUGUAGCAGCCUCCACACGCCGUCUGUCUGCCGUCCGAGGCGGGGAGAACUCCGCAGGCUCACUUUCCCCCUGCGACCCUCACGGGAUCCUUCUUCUUUUUCCCUUCUAUUUUUCGGACAGCCUGUAUUUUUUGCGCCACUCGCACUUUUCAUUUUUUGGACUUUUUUAUUUCUCCCCUCAUUUAAAGAAAGAAGGAAAAAGGUCCACCUGCUCGUCCUGCACCCAUGAAUUCAGAUAAAAAUGUGUACCUCGGCAGAGACAAAGGCAUCAUGCGGAAGAGAGCCCUGCUCCUUCGGAAAGGUUGCAGCUUCGAGAUUACCAGCUCUGCCUCGGAGGACUUGGGCUGCAGGCGUGGAGACUUCAGCAGGAAGCACUAUGGAUCGGUGGAGCUGCUGAUAUCCAGUGAUGCAGAUGGGGCCAUUCAGAGGGCGGGACGCUUCAGGGUGGAGAACGGCUCCUUGGAUGAGACUUCGGACUACACUCCAGGAACCUGGAGGAGAACCGACGUCCAUCUGGAGAAUCCAGAGUACCACACCAGAUGGUUCUUUAAAUACUUCCUGGGAAAAGUCCAUCAGAACUACGUGGGAACAGAUGCUGAGAAGAAUCCCUUCUACCUGUCAGUGGUGCUCUCCGACCAGAACAACCAGCGGGUCCCUCAGUACCGAGCCAUCCUCUGGAGGAAGACGGGCACCCUGAAGAUCAGCCUCCCCUACAGCCCCACCAAAACACUAUCCGUCAAGUCUAUCCUGAGUGCGAUGAACAUGGACAGAUUUGAGAAAGGCCCCAGGGAGAUCCUCAACCCGGAGAUUCAAAAGGAUCUGCUGGUGUUGGAGGAGCAGGAGGGUUCAGUCAACUUUAAAUUUGGUGUCCUGUUUGCCAGAGAUGGACAGCUCACAGACGACGAGAUGUUUAGCAACGAGAUGGGCAGCGAGAGCUUCGAUAAGUUCCUCAAUCUGCUGGGCGACACCGUUACUCUGCAGGGAUGGGCGGGCUACCGCGGCGGGCUGGACACCAAGAACGACACUACAGGAAUCAAGUCCAUCUACACGGUGUACCAAGGCCACGAGCUCAUGUUCCACGUCUCCACCAUGCUGCCCUACUCCAAAGAGAACAAGCAGCAGGUGGAGAGAAAGAGGCACAUUGGAAACGACAUUGUCACCAUCGUAUUCCAGGAAGGGGACGACGCGUCGUCGUCCUUCAAGCCGUCUAUGAUCCGAUCGCACUUCACCCAUAUUUUUGCAUUAGUUAGGUAUAAUAGCCAGAAUGACAGUUACAGGUUGAAGAUUUUCUCAGAAGAGAGCGUGCCGCUGUUCGGACCCCCUCUCCCGUCUCCGCCUGUAUUUACUGAUCACCACGAAUUCAGGGACUUUUUACUAGUCAAACUAAUCAAUGGAGAGAAAGCCACACUGGAGACGCCGACGUUCGCCCAGAAGCGCCAGCGGACUCUGGACAUGCUGAUCCGCUCGCUCUACCAGGACCUCAUGCCCGACCUGCACAAGGUUCCCUUUUCUCCCCAGAACAUGUUGAACAGACGCUCCUUCAGCGACGUGCUGCCCGAGUCUCCCAAGUCUGCACGCAAGAAGGAGGAGGCGCGGCAGGCCGAAUUCGUCCGAAUAGGACAGGCUCUGAAGCUGAAGACCAUCGUGAGAGGAGACGCCCCCACCAGCCUUGUCACCACGGGCCUCUGCAGGAAGGAGCCGUGGGAGUCCCAGCCCUUCUGCAGCACCUUCCCCUACGAGAUCGUGUGCGCCGACUCGUGGGGUCAGUCUCUGCUGGCGGCCACCGACGCAGCGGGGGUCAUGCUGCUCGACGGCCCCGAUCCGGCGCUGCCAGGCAGUGAGACUCAGACGCUGCCUCCAGUGCAGGUCUUCGACAGAACGAUGGUGGUGAAGCAGAUGCACGUUCUCGAGCCUCAGGACCUGCUCAUCACCCGAGCUGACAAAGGGAAGGACGCUCGGCUGUACGUGUUCAGGCUCAGCACGAUGAAGAGGGGCCUGGAGGAGCGGCAGCUCGUCAGGAGCAAGUGUGACAGCCGCGAGAACAAGCUGGAGAAAACUAAAGGUUGUCAUUUGUACUCCAUCAACACCCACCACGGCUCGGAGUUGAGGAUAGUGGCGGCCAUCAGGAACAAACUCCUCCUCAUUACCAGGAAGCAUCCUCGAUUCGAAGGCUUCAGCGCCGUCGCCCCGGGGGCGGAGUCUCCGGUGGAGGAGUUCCAGUACAUACGGGAGAUCUGCCUGUGCGACCCGCCGGUGGUCAUGGCCCUGGUGGACGGUCCCACCGGGGAGAACGACAACAUGAUCUGCGUGGCCUACAAACACCAGUUUGACCUGAUCAAUGAGAGCACCGGGGAUGCCUACAGGCUGCACCACGUCGACGCCAACAGGGUAAAUUUUGUAGCAGCCAUUGAUGUGUAUGAAGACGGAGAGGCGGGUCUGCUGCUGUGCUACAACUAUGUCUGCUACUAUAAGAAAGUUUGUCCGUUUAACGGCUCCACGCCGAUGAUCCAGUCCAACACCUCGGAUUUCCACUUCAGCUGGAACCAGAUGCCCAACGCCAUCGUUUGUGCGUUUCCGUACAUCCUGGCCUUCACUACGGACUCCAUCGAGAUCAGACUGGUGGUGAACGGCAACCUGGUGUACACCGCCGUGGUGCCGGAGCUGCAGCUGACGUCUUCACGGUCGGACAUUUAUUUUGUUUCCUCGGCUCCGGUGAGCUCAGCCUCCAACUGCAGUUCCAGGGACACCAGCUCCCAGAGUUCCCCUCAGACGCCCACGGGCUACGAGAUGCCCGUGUUCCCCUCGCCGCUCGGAGACGAUUCUAUACGGAUCCCCUAUGGUACCAAGCUUUCCCUGUACAUGUCUAAGGACGCCGAAGGUGAAGCGGCGUGUAAGCACAUCUUCAAGAUCCCGCUCUGCAACCUGGUGGGCCGCAGCAUCGAGAGGCCGCUGAAGUCGCCCCUGGUCAACAAGGUGCUGACCACGCCGGCGCCCGCCAUGGUGCCGCCCACGCCGCUCAUCUCCGCCACGCAUUCGCUCUCGCUGUCCCGCAUGGAGAUCAAGGAGAUCGCCAGCCGCACGCGGAAGGAGCUGCUGGGUCUCACCGAGGAGCCGAGCGGGAAACCCGACAGCGGAUCGGUCAAACACAGGAAGAUGAGCAAGAAGAACACUGAGGAGGAGAACAAAGGACGAGCGCUGACGUCCACAAACAGCGACAGCAGGUUACUCUCGGAGUCGUCUGAAGCGGAGCUGGACGUCCAGCUGCACUGCGCCGCCGCCUCGGAGGCCGAGCCGGAGAAGGUGGCGCUGUGUGCGGAGAGCCCGGCCGCCCUGGCCAGCGCGUUCGGACUCUCCACGUCCUUCGAAGAAGACGUCCUGGACCUAAAGUGAAGACAAUCCCAGUGUGCACUUCUCUGCCCGCCCGCCACUCCUCUAUCCUUUGCUUUCAUUCCACUCCUGCUGGUUUUUGUCGUUUGUUUUCGUUCUGUUCUUCGUUUCCUGGUUUCUCGGGCGAGACGGGAGUGAGGAACGUGUCCGUGUGUGCGUGUGCGUGCGUUGUGUGGGUGUUUGUGCUGCCCCCCCCACCCCCCCGCCCAAGCUGUGAGUAACCCAAAGAGGCAAGUGAGGUAGUGUGAGGCGCUGAGCCCCGCGGCGGCUCGGCGGUUCGAUCCCAGGCCGCUCAGUGAAUGUAAACCUUGCACACCGAGGCAUUACAGGCAUCUCUGCGUUCGCCAUCCCCUCCGGAGCCGCUGCAGUCCAGUACGUGUUGUAUAGUUCGUGGUUAUUUCCACCCACGUUCACAUGUUGUAUGAUAUGCAUAUGUAUGUGUACAUCUGUUCAUACAUGACACCGCACACAGCAGCGGGCGCCGCCGCCGCCGCCCGCCUGGCCUGUGAUGCAUAUUUAUAGAUAUAUUAUUAAAGAGAGAGAAAAAAAAAUCAAUUUUAUUCCCACAUUUAGAAGAAGUAGGAUGUUCUACGGCUCUCUGCACCUUUAAGUCUGUAUUCUUAUCCUUACUCACAAGCAAACAGGUGGACAGGGCUGGAGGCAGAGUCUCCCACAAGUGCCAUUUCCCAGCAUCCCCUCCAUCCGGCCAGACCUCCUCGCAGCCGCCGGGUCCUGGCGUCUGAGCAGUAGCAGCCGAGACGGCGGUCCGGUUCAGACCGAGUCCGCUCACCGGAGGCUCUCCGUCGCUCACACACGGCCACGUGAGAAAGCUUUGAGAAUCCACAAUUUUUACAUGAUUGAGCUGCUGGGUUGCCCGAUUCAUGACAGUACAGUAAAAGAACUGUGAGAAAGGCCACAAAAAUAGGAUCAAACUGACAGAUUUUAAGUUAACUCGUUUAUUGGCAGAAGUAUAAUAGGUUGAAAAACCAUAUUACUUUGAAUUUUAAAUUAUAAGACAAGCUUAGAUUUUAUUAAUUAUGUAUCUGGAAGGUAAAAAAUGAGUAAUAGUAAACCAAUAAGUUAGAAAAUUAAGAAAAAUAGACUUUUUGUAUGUUAAAAAUUACAACUGUCUGAUGCACAAACACGUAGGCCCACAUUCAGCUUUAACAGAGACGGUUUUAUAGCAUUUCAAUCAUGUAAAUAUGCAACAAUCUUUCAUUAACCUAAAUUUAACUUAAAUUAGAACUAGUUUAAAUUAUAGAACAUAGAUUAAGACAUGCACUAAAAAUAAAAUGUAAAAAAAAAAAGCCAUUCCUUUCAAUAACAGAUGUAAAAGCUGAAUGUGCAGUACAGGGGUGUCAAAUAUAAGGCUUGUGGUCCAAAGCUGCCACAUUAGUUGGGUUGAGUCUGGCUUAGAUUUUGCAUGGUGUAAAAUUUACAACAUUUAUGCAACUUUUUAAAUAAGUCAAAAUAAAAGAACUGCACUGUUUCAGUAAAGACUAAAAAGAACAUUUAUCCAUUUUAGUGGACUAUAAAUGAACAAAAAUACACACUAAUGCAUCAUUUUGUCAGUAUUGUUGACAGAAAUGCAUUUUUAAUGAGUGUUUAUCGUGCGCAGGAGUUCAUCACUGAGAGAAAGAAGAGUGAUGAGCUGCACCUGUGUGCAGUUCAGAGGCAUCAGUUAACCUGAAGAAGGUCAUUUAUGGUGCAACAGGUGGAGUUUUGACCAAAAUCUGCUUCAGGAUUUCACACCGUCUCAGAUUCAUCCAGAGAAAUCUAGAAGUUACUCAUAUUAAACCCCAUAAAAAGACAAUAUUUCUUGAACUUUUAAAGAUGACAUUGUUUAUGAGUUUAAUAUUUACAGCCUAAGCUUAAUAAAUACACAAAAUACGGAAAAUAAGUAUCAGAAACAGGGAAAUAAGCUUCAUGAGGUUGUGCUGGUGUGGCUAUGAGAGCGCCUCCUGGUGGUGGCUUCACAGACCUGCAGCCUUGGACUCUUGCAUGAGCCUCCUCUGCUCCUCUUCCUCCCUCUUCCUCCCUCUCCUCUGUUAUCCCACCUGCCUCAGCGACACCAGAACCCAAAACUCAGACAAAAGGAAGGAGGAGGAGGAUUUUUAAAAAGCUACUUUUAGCGUUUCUUACUCUGAAUGGAGGAGUGUGACGGGGGGAAACGCCGCUGUUGCUCCUGUACUUCUGUCUAAAGCGCUUCUUUUCUCCUACCUCCCCUCUUGGCAUUUUUCAUGGUUUCUGUUUGUUUUCUUUUGGAGUUGUUUGUUUUUGUUUUGUUUUUUGUAUUUGAAUCUAUAUUUACUGUUUAGACUGUUGCUGAACCUCUCUGUGAUAUCAAAAUCGAAAAAAA